GAGGGGAGAUGGAGCCCGGCGCUGCCUGCUGAUGCCCGGUCCGAUGUCUUAGGAUUACUAGAAGAAGAAUACAUGUAAUAUCAUGAGCUACUGUCUUGACUCAAGCCACAUGCAACACAACUAAAACGCUAUAAAACUGAAUGUUGGGAGUAGUAAACUGUAUUUUAGCAUUCGGCACACGUUUUCUAAAAAAUUAUUUUAAUCAUGAGUGGUUUCCUUUCUUAUCUGGAUCCAAGACGGAUUCCUUGGAGGGCUACAUGGCAUGCAAUCAAUGCAAGAGUUUUACGCACCAAACCAGUAGAGUCCAUGCUAGAAGGAACAGCAGGAACUUCAUCCCAUGGAACCAAACUGGCUCGAGUACUGACUACAGUGGACCUGGUUUCCCUUGGUGUGGGCAGCUGUGUUGGCACCGGGAUGUAUGUUGUCUCUGGACUGGUUGCUAAGGAAAUGGCAGGACCAGGAGUCAUUGUGUCCUUCAUAAUUGCAGCAGUAGCAUCCAUAUUAUCCGGGGUGUGUUAUGCUGAAUUUGGAGUUCGUGUUCCCAAAACAACAGGAUCUGCUUACACGUACAGUUAUGUCACUGUUGGUGAAUUUGUGGCAUUCUUCAUUGGAUGGAACUUAAUCUUAGAAUAUCUCAUUGGUACAGCAGCCGGAGCAAGUGCCCUGAGUAGCAUGUUUGACUCCCUUGCCAAUCACACUAUCAGCCACUGGAUGAUUGAGAGUGUGGGGACAUUAAAUGGAUUAGGCAAAGGUGAAGAAUCCUAUCCAGAUUUUCUUGCUCUAAUCAUUGCAGUUAUUGUAACAAUAAUUGUUGCCCUUGGAGUAAAGAACUCAGUUGGAUUUAAUAAUGUACUAAAUGUAAUUAACCUGGCCGUGUGGGUCUUUAUAAUGAUUGCUGGCCUUUUCUUUGUGAAUGGAAAAAACUGGUCAGAAGGGAACUUUCUACCCUAUGGAUGGUCAGGGGUCCUGAAAGGCGCAGCCACCUGUUUCUAUGCUUUCAUCGGCUUUGACAUCAUAGCGACUACAGGGGAAGAGGCAAAGAGUCCCAAUACUUCCAUUCCAUAUGCUAUAACUGCUUCGUUGAUCACCUGUCUAACAGCAUAUGUAUCUGUAAGUGUUAUUUUAACACUAAUGGUCCCAUACAAUAUGAUUGAUACAGAAUCACCACUGAUGGAGAUGUUCGUAGCACAUGGCUUCUAUGUUGCUAAGUUUAUUGUGGCCAUUGGAUCAGUAGCUGGGCUCAGUGUUAGCUUGUUUGGUUCUUUGUUUCCUAUGCCCAGAGUGAUCUACGCAAUGUCUGGUGAUGGGUUGUUAUUCAGGUUUUUAUCCCAUGUCAGCUCUUACACAGAGACACCCGUUGUGGCUUGUAUUGUCUCUGGAUUUCUUGCCGCCCUGCUGUCUCUACUGGUUAGUCUUCGUGAUCUAAUAGAAAUGAUGUCUAUUGGAACUCUUUUAGCCUACACCCUCGUAUCUGUCUGUGUCUUGUUACUGCGCUACCAGCCUGAAAGCGACAUUGAUGGUUUUGUGAAAUUUCUUUCUGAAGAACAUACCAAGAAGAAAGAAGGAAUCAUUGCUGAUUGUGAGAAAGAAAUUUGUUCUCCUAUGAGUGACGGAGAGGAAUUCAGUAGUCCAGCCACUAACACCUGUGGAGCAAAGAAUCUACCGUCUCUUGGAGACAAUGAAAUGCUUAUUGGUAAAUCUGACAAAUCCAACUACAACGUUAACCAUCCAAACUAUGGAACAGUAGACAUGACAUCAGGCAUAGAGGCUGAUGGGUCUGAAAACAUCUACCUUUUAAAGCUGAAGAAAUUCAUAGGUCCACGAUACUAUACCAUGAGAAUACGGCUUGGUUUACCAGGAAAAAUGGAUCGGCCAACACUUGCCACAGGUCGCACAGUGACCAUCUGCGUCAUGCUUCUUUUUGUCUUGCUAUUCAUCUUCUGCUCUUUUAUAAUAUUUGGCGCAGAUUAUGUUUAUGACCACGUGUGGUGGGCUGUCCUGUUGGUCGUUUUGAUGGUACUGCUGAUCAUUGCUUUGGUUUUUGUUAUACUUCAACAACCGGAGAACCCUAAAAAAUUGCCUUACAUGGCACCAUGUGUCCCAUUUGUUCCUGCAUUUGCAAUGCUAGUCAACAUUUAUCUGAUGCUAAAAUUGUCAUCCAUUACGUGGAUCCGAUUUGCUGUCUGGUGUUUUGUAGGCUUGCUGAUAUAUUUUGGCUAUGGCAUGUGGAACAGCACCUUGGAAAUUAGUGCAAGAGAAGAGGUUCUCCACCAGAGCACGUACCAGAGAUAUGAUGUUGACGACACCUUUUCAGUAGAGGAUGGCUUAUCCUACCCUCCCGAAGAAGAAAAAUCCCAGGACUGGGGUAGUGCAGAUACAAAAGGAUACUACUAUCAGCAGACAGGGGAGGCACAGGACAGCAACCGGUCAAGCAGCAGACCGAAAAGUAAAGGAAAGCAUAAACAAGACUUUGAUGCUUUGAUUGCCAAUGAGGAGUUAGACUACCCAGAAUAA